UGUGUGGACAUUGGAUGCUAACAACUGUGAAAAUGUCGGUGACUUACAGAGUUUUGAGAAGCCGUCCUGCGGGUCUUUCUCUGCACGGUUUGAGCUCGCUGUUGCAGCGGAAUCUGCCGGCCAGGAAGCCGGGCUGCGGCUGCAGGAUGUCCGGCACAAACAGAGCAGCUGAAACCAUCCGACCACUAGAUGGCGUCAGAGUCUUGGACUUGACCAGAGUUCUGGCGGGUCCUUUCGCCACCAUGAUCCUGGGAGACCUGGGAGCCGAGGUGAUCAAGGUGGAGAGACCAGGUGCAGGCGAUGACACCAGGGCCUGGGGUCCUCCGUUUGUUGGCUCAGAGAGCGUCUACUUCCUGAGCAUCAACCGGAACAAGAAAAGUAUCGCUGUGGAUCUGAAGCACCCCAGAGGAGCGGAGAUCAUCCAGGAGCUGGCAGGAGUGUGUGACAUGCUGGUGGAGAACUACCUACCAGGGAAACUCCAUCAGAUGGGUUUGGGAUACGAUCAGCUGAGCAGAGCGAACCCUCGGCUCAUCUACUGCUCCAUAUCAGGUUAUGGGCAGACCGGGCCUCAGUCUCAGAGUCCAGGCUACGACUCUAUCGCCUCUGCAGUGUCGGGGAUGAUGCACAUCACAGGUCCAGAGGACGGAGAGCCGGUGCGUCCAGGUGUUGCCAUGACUGACCUGGCAACGGGGCUGUAUGCACACGGAGCCAUCAUGGCCGCCCUGCUGCAGCGACACAGAACAGGGAGAGGAGUUCACAUCGACUGCAACCUACUGUCAUCACAGGUUUCCUGCCUCAGCCACAUCGCUGCUAACUAUCUGAACGCUGGGAAGGAGGCGAGGCGCUGGGGGACGGCCCAUGAGAGCAUCGUACCGUACCAGGGCUUCAGAAGCAAAGACGGACACAUUGUUGUGGCUGCAGGCAACGACAAGCAGUUUGUCAAAGUGUGUCAGGUUCUGGAGCUGAUGGAGCUCACAGAGGAGCCAAAGUACAGAACCAACAAGCUGAGGGUCCAGAACCGCAAACAGCUGCUGCACACACUUUCACAGAGGUUCCUGCAGGAGAAGACAGCUGAUUGGCUGAGGAGGUUUGAGGGCUCAGGUGUUCCCGUCGGACCAAUCAACAGCAUCCAGGAAGUGUUCUCGGAGCCGCAGGUUCAAACCUCCACGUUACAGGUUGCUGUUUUGCGCGAUCGCCUGGUUUCUGAUUCUGCUGGAUUUCACCUUUCCUGCCUUUGGACCUACCAUCGAGACCUCCGCAUAUCUGUUUAUAUCCAAGUCUCUGCUCUUCCUCAUCAUCCUGUCAUACUGCGGCAUUCACGUCCUCCUGGUGCUGAAGCAGCCGGGGCCCGGUGACGGGGGCCGGAGUGCUGAGAACUGGAACAGCAUGAAGAAGAAGGCCUUUAAGGUCAUCAUGAUCACACUGGUUUUCAACAGCACCACACAGCUGCUGCAGAUCAUCAUGCUGUCUCCGGCGCUGCUGCGCGCAUCCCUGAUUUUCAUCUUGCGGGUCACGUUGGUCAGCCUGGCAGUCAACAUCUUCAGCAGCUUUAUCACCCCCCUGCUGUACCUGCACAGAGCUGGAAAACUGCCCUGCAUCAAGUUCUGACCUUUUAUAGCACCAGAAAAACUAAACCUGCCUCCACUGAUCAUUUUAUCGGCUUUAAAUGUGUGUUUUCAGGCUUCCUGAAGUCUGAGUCUGGGUUUCCUUUUCACCUAACAGAUUUUUAGAAGUUUUUUCUCCUUAUUUAUAUUCUGUUUGAAGAAGUCGUCACAGCACUUCCUCUGUGACACCACUCUGCUUUACGCUUCAAAGUUAGAAAUGAACAGCUCUUCAACUAAAACACUCAUUUGCAGAACACCAUGAAGAGCAUUAUUCAUGUCAUGAGCUGAAGCCAUAGGGAAAAAAAAGCGUCCCCGGGGACAUUAGGGCCGCAGCUUUAUGUAAGACAUCUAAAAAUGCCGUGAGGCGCUGGGCUGCGCGUGGCAGCGAGGAUGAGCUCCGACACUUCACAGGAAUGAAAACGCCGUCGUGUUCGCGGGCCGCUUUGAUUGUUGAGGUCAAACAGAGAGCAGCAGGUUCACCCAACCUCAGAUCUUCACAUGCAUCCUGCCGCCGCGCACACUCCUUCACUCAUUGAUGUUGCUGUAACAUGAUGUAACAGCGGGCCUGGAUAGCUCCCGUGGGUGCUGGUUAGUCGACUUUAUGGACCGCCACAGUUAUCUUCAAAGACUCUGAGAGGAGGAGGGCUGGUGGGUAGGAAGAGGAGGUGUUAAAAGAAAUGAAAGAGAGGAGAGCAGUGAAGAAGCCAUCAUCUGUUUGAUUGACAGGAGUUAUAGAGAGGAUUCUCCACCUUGGCUCUUUCUAAAGGUCAUUGAGAUGAGUUUAUUCAUCUUUAAAUGAUAUCAUAUCAACCUGUUUGUAAAGAGAAUAAGAAGUAGAAUUUUUGCCACUUAUAAAAACUGAAUCAUCCUUUUAAAGAUGAAAUUAAGGCGAGUUUGAAUGAAAGUUUGAGCAGCAGCUGCAGAAACCCACAGAGCAGUUUUCCUCCUCCAGAGGCUGAUUUAUCUGUUUGACUUGCUGCUGCCGUUAAUAAGACGCACCAUCAUUCAGUAAUUCUGAGGGUCGGUGAAGAAACACACGUCUGCAGUCCACUGAGGAUUAGAUAAGCAGCCGCCAGACUGCACAGACAAACAUUUACAAAGAGGGAAGCUAAUGGGAAACGAUAAACGUAACUUUCAGUUGGAUGUAGUCCAUGUUGCUGUCAGUGGGAAGGAGCCAGUUCAGGAUUAACGAAGACAGUCGAACAUCUGAGUCUUCCUCCAGAUGUUCGCUGAAGACAUAUCACCAAAACGUUGGUGUUCUCCAAACAUUUAGCUUCGCCCUCCAGCAUGAACACCAUCAGCAGAGUGAGUUAGGGAUGUUCGGUGAGUGACAGAAGGAGAGCAGCUCAGAGUUUAGGUUGAAAACUUCAGAGGCCGUGACAGGUUAGCUGAAAUCCUUUGUCAGGUGAUGCUGCAGUAAAAUAAAAAAUCAGGACUUAAGUUUUCUGUCCAUGUGGAGUUUUCCAAUGAUUCUCACUGUAUAUUAGGGGUGUCAAGACCUGAAGUCUUGUUUUCAGGUAUGACUGAAGCAGAUGAAGUGAGCAGAUAAAUCAGUGAGAGAGCUGGAGAGAAAACGAUGAAUGACAAGAAGAUAAGUAGAGGAAAUAGGGAGAAGAGGAAGUGAGGAGGAAGAGGAGGCGCGUGGCUGAAAACCACAGAGUUCUUCUGUGAUGAGUGUGUCUUUGAUCAGCCUGGUAACUGCCCACAGACCCUCUCUGGUUCUGGGUUUUGUUUUCCAGGCCUUUAUAUUCCUGCUGCUGCUGGUUGUUUCUGUCUUUGUGGGGACCAUCAAACAUGAAGCAGUCUCUGGUCUGAAACAACAUCUGAGUCCUCAGACAGGCCUGGAGAUCUGAGCUAGAAACCCAAACAGUCUGAAACUGAUCCUCACAGAGGCUGAGAUUCAGAUACAUGCACACAUGCCAGCUUUAAGCUGAACACCACAGAACAACAAGAACAAAUUAAAGUCAAACACUCAACAUGUGCUCCGACACACACACAUAAACACACCCAUCCGAAGCAGCAGAUUAUUUCUUGUAUGUGUGUAAAGGAGGAAAAGUCACGUUUAAACAUCAGCACAGACACUGAUUGAAAACCAGUUUGAACUGGUUUAACGGCAGCUCAUACUAAUUUAUUCAAAAUCUGUUGGUACCAGGACCAAACCAGUCCAAAAAAGUCCAUCCCUGAUUAUAGAUCAUUGUUAAAAUCCAUACUGUUCCAACAGCAGCUCAAAACAAGUAGAAAAGCUUGUUUAAAACCAGUUUAUACCAGUCCAAAGGAGAGCCCAAAACCAGAACCAGACAUGUACAAAAAAGUCCAAAACUAAUCGUACAUCCAAGUUCAAUCCCAUGUCUAACACCAGUCCAAAACGGACCCGCUGGUAGCUCAUAAACAGGACCAAAGCAACUUCAAAACCUUUCCUAUAUUGCCCAAAUUCAGGACCAAACCAGUCCAAAAUAAUCCCAAAUAUAUCUGGUAUCAUUCUGCAAAUUAUGUCACAAACCGGAACCAUCAGAAUCAUGGUACCAUCCUUAUAAGAUGAGACAGAAGGCACGUUCUCCAAGCUCGGGUCCAAAACCAUCUUCAGUUCUCCAAAAACUGUUCCCUGAAACCAGAACCAGAUCAGCCCCCAUUCAUGAAGGAAGUCUGGGUUAAUGAGGAGAUGCUGAGAUGGUCUGGACGCACAUCAGAACUGGGACAAGUUCAAGAUGUAAACAAAUGACCAUCCCAUUCCGGUUAUUUAUGACUUUCUUUCUGGUACAGGUGUGUGGUGGACUCUUGAUGGUUCAUGUUUAGACAAGAUGAGGUCUGAUUUUCUCACAGUUAUUUGGGGAUUUAGCAGAUUACAGCUCGACUGCAGACAAACCCUGAACGUGCUUGUUUCAUCUUUCUGCUUCAUUUUUCUCUCUGGAUGUUUCAAAAUAGAUCAAGUGGAAAAUGAAAUGACUCUGACCACAGGAAACAGUGUGUGUUUGUGUGUGUGUGUGUGAUGACCAUAUGGAUGUAAUGAUACUUGCCUCACAAACAGAUAGGAUUACACACACACACACACACACACACACACACAUGCUUAUAAUUAUACUUGUCACUCUGGAUGUCUGAUUCCUAAAAGGACGAAGCCUGGUUUUGUCUCAUUAUUUUUAUUUAUUUAUUUAUUUAUUUAGUUAGUUAGUUUAUUUAUUACUAUAUUUUGUUGAUGCUGUCCACAUGUCCUGUUAAAUAUUGUUAGCUUUUAUGUGCAGACACAAGCAGCUGUAAUUGUUUGUCACAUUUUUCCAAGAUGUCAGAUCAUUUUUAAAGAUUUUUGUUCUCACAGCUGUUGUGUUUAACUGGGUUUUUGGGCAACAGAUGGUUUGAAAGCUGAGACUCUUCAGAUAUGAUUGAAGCUUGUUAGAUACUCUGCAAGAACAGAGAACUUUGAUCUUGUUGUUGAGGGUACGAGAACAAAUUAAUGUUGCAGCCCAAUGUUGGGAGUUCUUGCAGCUUGUUCUUGAAAUAUCAGCUAAGCAGAACUUUGCAGCGUCAAUAAAGUUAGAUUUUUUUGUACAUCAGCCGGUUCUGAACACCAUCUUCUGCUCAUCUGAUACUGUGUGUCCAACGUACGUGUUUAUUGUAGAUCAUGUGUAUUGCAUAUUGUGUGUAUUAAUGUCUGUGGUUUUCGGGGGUGAUGAUGUAGAUGUGUGCAACUUUCAUGAGUGUAUUUUUAUGCAAACAUUGCUAACAUGAUGAAACUAAUUUUAGACACAUCUCUGACAAUAAAGUUGUAUGAUAUCAAAUAGUAUCGUAUCAUAAAGUUAUUUUGCAUGGUUAAAUGAA